GAAAGAAAAGAAAAAAGAACGGCGACGAACCGUGUAAUGAAGCAGCAGCAGCAGCAGCAGUAGCGCGUUUGUGUUUUCUAUCAGCGAGAAACUUGUUUUUCGUUUAUUAUUUUUUAACUGCUCCGCUUAUGAACGUGCUUAAUAACCCUUUUCGUUCGAGCGUCCGCCUCCGGUGUCUGGUGCAGUGAUACUGUGAUAAUUUAUGUCUAGAUUUGUGUGCGCUCGAGGCGCCCGAAAUGCGAAAGUGCUCCCCCGGCGAUUGUGAGUGACUUCACUACGUUUCCCACUAUCGUGUGUGGUACCGUGCUCGGCGGCGAGAAGGCAGAAAGCAAGAAAAAUCCAACCACCAUCAGAGGAGUAGCCUACUUUGCAUAAGUUUCUCCACCGUGCGUCUCGUGAUAUCGGUACGUUCGGAUCGAUCCGGGUGGCGUUUUUUGUUGCGUGAUCUUGUUAGUACUGUCGCGACACCAACCCCAGGGCCGCAACCGAGCGAAGAUAGUGGAAAACCCCGGAUGGCCAUGUACAUCUCGCAGUAGAAAUCGCAAAAAUACACGAUCGUCGUGAACCAACGGGAAAAAGGCACAGCGCGGGGCCCACACAGUAUUGUUUUCCGUUCCCGUUUACAUAGAGCUCCUUCUCGUUGUCCAGUUGUGCCUGUGUUUGUGUGUGCGUGUGUGUGUGUGUGAUAGGAUAAAGUUUUUAAAUUAUUAAUUUGCGAUUUAAAUGAUUGUAAAUAAGUGAAGAAUGUCGAAAAGCAAGACAGCCCAUCCGAAAAUCGAUAGUGAUCGUGUAGAAAUUAAAUCAAAGUUCGACGCGGAAUUUCGGCGAUGGUCCGUGAAACGGUCCGAGCAACAUUCCUUUGAAGAGUUCCAGUCGCUAAUCGAACGGCUACACAAGCUCGACCGCUCCCAGCUCCUCGUUUCCUACAUCGAUCCGCGGGACAACGAUUUGCUACCGAUCAACAAUGACGACAACUUUGGCAGGGCCCUCACGACGGCCCGACCCCUGCUGCGCGUAAUCAUACAGAAGAAAGGUGACAGUAUCGAGGAACGAACGGGGUACGGUACGAUUCGACCCAGAAAUCUCAUCAGUAGCAUUCUCGGACAAACUCCGGUGAAGCCGAAAGGAUUGGCGAUAUCUAAUCCCCACGAUUUUCGGCAGGUAUCCGCUAUCAUCGACGUCGAUAUUGUCCCCGAAACAUGCCGACGGGUACGUUUGCUGAAACAUGGCAGCGAAAAACCUUUGGGAUUCUACAUUCGCGAUGGUACGUCGGUGCGGGUUACUGCCAAUGGGCUGGAGAAGCUGCCCGGCAUAUUUAUUUCGCGUCUCGUACCGGGCGGACUGGCCGAAAGUACGGGCCUGCUGGCGGUAAACGAUGAGGUACUGGAGGUGAACGGUAUCGAGGUGCUCGGCAAAACGCUCGAUCAAGUGACGGACAUGAUGGUGGCGAACAGCUCCAAUCUUAUUAUCACGGUAAAACCUGCCAACCAGCGAACGCUAGCUCCACCGAGGCGUGGAUCGUUCUCGCGCAAUAGUCAGUUAUCCGGUGGGUCGCACCAGUCGCAGCACACGACGGGCUCGGACGAAAACGACCAGGAUGACCAGGAUGAGGUGGUCGAUCUGAUCGAAGCGGUCACGCUUGAGGAGAGCAAUCUCAUCUCGCAAAAGGACGGCGUGUUGCAUCUGUAGGCACAACCGGUUUAUCUACGAUACCACACACUUUCCAACCUGCCUGUCUCCGGUGCCUGUCUCGUCCGCAUCCUGCCCAAAUCUGGAGCUUUUUUUACGUGGUCGGGGGGGGGGGGGGAAAACAAAGAGUAGAACGUGUACCGUAAUGAUUGCAUUUGUGGGGGAAGGGCUUAUGCUCGCUCUCUCUCAGUGUCACCUGCCACAUGGAGUUUUAGUGGAAACAGGAAAACUACAGAAAAAGUGCCUGGCAGUUAUCAUCCGCUGUUGAAGUCGAUAGCCUUUUUGGUUGGAGUUAUAUUGAAGGUGGUACAAUCGUACAAGAUCGUAAGAAAAGCGUUUGUUACAUACUUAAAAUCGAUCGAUUACUUAAUGCAACGGAAAGACACUAGAGCGGUGAAAGGCAAAACAAAACACAUUCCAAUUCAGGAUCUACACACACACACACACACACUGCAGUUUUGAUAUCGUCUAUGGAAUGGGUAAAAAAAUUCCAGCAAACGUGUGUCGUUGAUACAUUGUGAUAAAGCCUUAAAAACAUCAAACAACAGCAGCAGCUAAGAGAUACAAAUUUUAACCGUAUAUUUGAAGUUGUAGUGUGCAUACCGUGCCUUUCUAAGCUGUCUGACGGACAAUCGUUCCGUACACAGGACAGAGAGAUAGUGGUGCAACACAUAUAUAUAUAUAUCUCUCCCCCAUAUAAGAGAGCUUACGACUCAAUCAAAACAGCACGUUUGCUGUAAGUCAACAGAUGUACUUCAUUAUACAUUUAACACUAAGCAAACGACACUUUUUACCGGGCGGCGAUCGGUACAAUCGUCAUAAAAUGGGAGUAAUGGCUCGAAAAAGACAAAACGACGAUCCGCGCAAAGGUAGGAAAAAAGGGUUUCAGAGUGGAACCGGUGAAGGAAAUUCGCCCGUCAAUUAUACAAGUGCACAAUAAUAAGCCCUGUGUGCUUCAGACUAAAUUGUCCAACAUCGCAACAUCCCGGGUAAAAUCAGUUCACAAGCUGGGUCGGCAACUUCAUACACAAAACGAAACUAACAACAGCUAGCUGCUAUCCAAUACCAAAUAUGUGAAGGAAUGCGCAAAGGGGUUGCACAUGUACUUAAGGCUGCGAGGAGAGCGAGGAGAGGUGGUAGAGUUGCGGGGUAGGAAAAAGGGCAAAGUCACGUACACCGUCCGCGCCGGUCCAAUGGUGGAUCCAUCCACUCACACACGUACGAAACGCAAAACUGCGAGUAAUAAUCAGAUGGUUGGCGGAGAAAGCAAACGAAAUGAUGGGGCACGGCGUGGUGCAAAGUUUAUAUAGCCGUUACUAUACUUUUAUCAAACUCCCCCUCGACUGUAGAAGCCGAUUCCUGCAAGCCGUUCUCGUUCCGUUUCCUUCCCCAUCGGCUAGCUUGUUCGGCGGGUGUUUUGCUCCACGAACAUUAUUACACAGUAUUUUUUUUUUCGUUAUUAUUCGCUUAGCUAUAUAGAACAAUACAGCGAGACAGGCGAGCAAGAGAGCCACCGGGGUAGUACCGGAGCCCCGGAACGCAUAUUGCAACGCAAAACGAACACCACUGUUCGGUAUUACAAGAGCAAGAAUCACCCAAUUUUUGUGACCUAUACUCACUAGCGUAGUUUAGCAUAACAUACACCGGGCGGCAGCUUCACGCGAUGGACGUUAUUGUGCGUGGCCAUCGAAAACAAAACAAGAAACAAAUACCCGAUUGCCUUACAAACGAACUGCGCGUUCAAACAGUCGUUUGAGGAAGCGAAUAAAGCUAGAGAGGACCACACAUACAUACCGCUAAACAUUCCCGUACUUUCAACACACAUACACAGACAUUCCGUGCACCAGGGUCGUAGAUAAAACGUUAGGGUCUUAAAAACUGUUUACAAAGAAAAAAAAUAUAUUAUAAACUUUUUACGAAUGAA